AUGAACGAACCGAACAAUACGAACAACGAUUAUGUCGGACAUUAUAGCAACGUCCACUACCAACUAUGUUACCCGAAGGACUUUAUUGACAACACCAAUCCUCCAACUCAAACGCCCCUUUAUUUGCCCCUCCAAUCUCAUACUCGGGGUUUCCGUCCUUCUGCUACAUCCUUUCCUCUUCCCCAUAACGUCGAUACGACGGCUAUGGAUAUUAUGAACUACGAAAAUGCCGGAAAUUAUACCGCCAAUUAUGCACCAUAUCCCUCAGUUUCUUUUCCAUCCGGAACUGGAUUUCUGGCGCAAAAAGUAACCCAUGACAUGACAUGCAUGCUUAAAAGAGAAUGCGCCAUAUAUAAAGAGUUUGGGCAGUAUAUUGAUGACGAAAAUGCUGAAGAAGGUAAACCGACAUCUUCAGAAACGUUAACAUUUGUGCCAUUUGCAAAGUCUGGCCAACACUUGGAUGAAGAACUCUCCAUCCUUUGCGCACAGCUUGCCGAGCGUACCGAACAGUUGAACGAAGCUCAAAAACAAUUAUUAUCACGAAAAUCACGUCCAUUGGCGAGGGAAGAAAGACAUGUAACCGAGGGGGCUUCGAUUUCGGACCUUAUUUCAGACACAGAACCAAAAUCGGUCUCCUCUCAAGAGCCGAAAAAACAAGCAUUGAAGAUCCAACAUUGGCGAACUUUUGCAGUAAAGCCAUGGCGAAACGACCCGAAGAGUGUUAAAAGAGGAGAUUAG